CUCAAAUAGUACAGUUGGCUCUUUCCUGCCACAACUCCGAAGCCUCAACUUGUCUUUGCGCUGCCCGCGCAUUGCGUCUAGCGGUAAUGUCAACAGCUGGGCACUGGCAGUGUUGGUUGUAUCUCAGCGCAUGUUGAAUGUGUAGCUCGCGCUGAUUCGAAAUCUAAAAACGUUGUGCACGCUGAAAACGGUGGCAGCAGCAGCAUCUGAAUAGUGGGCAAGGGAAACGUGUGUGUACCCCCAUUGACGUUAGUUGGCGAGUCGUCAUUUAACCGCGGCCCAGUGUCGCAUCCGCGUUGUCAUUCAAAUUCGUUACAGCUGCAAUUCAAUCGUCAAUAGCGACAACAUUGCGCAAUUAAAUGUGAAGCGCGACAAUUAGCUGAAUUUUUGUGAAUUCCAAGCGUUACUCGAUUCAUGUGCAGCGAGUGCGCGAUCGAAUACCUUCCAUUGCACGCCGGAAAGCGAAAGUGUCUACGCUACGAACAAAUCUAUCUGCUAAGUAACGAGCUUCUUUGCAUAUUUCUAGCACGCGCGCGUUUGUCGGCGUCCUAAUCAGUUUUCAUGUGUGUAGCGACCGAAAUAUUUAAAGUAUUUUGGAAUUUGACAUUAGGCGAUUUCUUGAAUGUAAUUUGUCAGUGAAGACUCAAUAAAAAAAUAAAUUCUUGUCGCUUUUGAGAUAGUUGUUGUUUGUAUGUUUGCAAAAAGUAUCUGAAAUAUGUUUUUCGAGAAUUCACGUGAAUAUUUGACGACUCUUUCAACCGUGUAAAAAUUGUUGCUGCAUAUUUAUGUAGAAAAAUAUUGCAAAGUGUUGUGUGUUUGUUUUUCUUGAGCGCAAAAUAUUUUACUGAAAAUUAAUGCAUUGAAAUAUGGAAAAUAACGACAAAAGUAAACUACAAAUAAACAAAGUGAUUUAGAAAGCUAAUAUAUUUUCGAAAUUCAUACACUCUCAAGGCGGAUUAUCUGCACAAAACAACACAAAAAGACUGCAGUGCUAUUGAUGGUGGCCAGGCCGAUUUUUCGUCGAUGCUGUUGACGAUGAUGACGUGGAACGAGAUCGUGAUGACGAGACCAGCACAACGGCUUAGCAAGUGCUGUUGAGGGGAAGCUUUGCUGCAGUGGUGAACGCUGACCGGCCCACGGUAGCGUAUGUGUGCAGGGGAGAGGUGAUACAUACCUAACUAUUCUUCGCUGAAUAGUAGUCGCACGGUUAUUUGUGUGCGUGUGUGUAUAUGUGUGCGCCGUGGAGUAGCAGUGCGCGCGAUGAGAGAGAAAUACCAGCGAGUGAAACGUGCAUGAGGUGAGCAAUUAAAACAUUAUUCGCAACCGCCGUUCCGCUCCCUCAAUUGUGCCAGCCAGCCGCUUUGAUAAAGUGCAACAACUAAAUUGUUGUUGCUAACAAAAAUCGAGUAAAAAAUAUAUUGUAAACAAAGAGGAAUAAAUAAUAGAAAAUCGUGUGCUCGGCCCGUUCGUUCGCUCAAUCGGUUGUGCGUGUAACAUUGCCUACCAAUACAAAUAUAAAAACAAAUACACAACACCUGUGCUUUUGGCAUUGUGUACGCGAAUUGUGUGGACGUGUUGAUGUUUGUGUAACUCGUUUUAGCCGUUGUUUUUGUUAUUUUCAAACGCGGUAUGUAAAAUGCAAUAAAACUAUUGGCACGAAGAUUUCAUUCCUGGAAUACGGCAUUGCAGCGGAACCAAACAAGUGAAUACCAAGCCAGCCAAAACAGCAACAACAACUGCGGCAAAACCGUGCAGUGUUACUAAUAAAAACAACAAUACUAAGAAAGCAAAAAAACAAGAGAUAUUAAUAAUACCACACGCACGUUUAAGGCGUUGCACACAACAACAACACAAGCGCUAAGCUGUAAUUCAUAUUAGUGAAAAAUAAAAAUUCAAGCAUUGUUGUGUUUUCUUUUUUUUUUUGUUAUUGCCAUUGCAUACUUAAUUGAAGUUAUAUUGAAGAGCAUUCGCAUGCUGUGUGUGAAAAAGUGUUGUGCUUCAAGAAACCGCUAUUUAUCACAUGCGCAUAAGAAAUAGAAAACAUAAUAAUAAAAAUCCAGUUACUUGAAAGCUAGUUUAACAAUAAAUAUAAAUAAUUGUGCAAUUUGCCUGAUUAAAAUACAGCAGGAACUACGUUAGAAAUCCAACCACAAACCAAAUCCAAGUAGCAGACCUUCAGCAACUGUGAUUUUACAAAAAAUUUCAGUCCUUGGAUCACUUGGACGAUGGCAGUGUCCUGCCCCGAAGUAAUGUACGGUGCUUAUUAUCCAUAUUUGUAUGGCCGUGCCGGACCAAGUCGUUCAUUUUAUCAAUAUGAAAGGUUUAAUCAGGAUCUGUACUCCUCAUCUGGCGUGCAAUUGGCCUCAUCCAGCGCCUCUGGCAGCUCACACUCACCCUGCAGUCCCAUACUACCGCCGGCGGUGAGUGCGAAUGCCGCCGCUGCAGCAGUAGCGGCCGCACACAAUACCGCCGCCGCAGUCGUCGCCGUAGCAGCGCAAACCGCCAAUCAGUCGGCGAGCUUAAGCGCAACGACGAGUCUGCCACUGGGCGGCAGCAGUGGCAGUGGAGUGCCCGGCAGCGGUGGUGGCGGCGGCGGUAAUGUUGGAAGUGCUGGAGUUAGUGCGGGCAUCGGCGGCUCUGUGAUCGGUGGCGCUGGUGGAGUAGUGCUCAGCGGCGGCGGCGGUGGCAGCGUAGCGGUCAAYAGCGCGAUACAGCACAGCAGAGCGCAUACCAAAGAAGAGGAUCUGGGGGUGCCACGAAGUGAUGCCGAAGCACGUCUGGUGGGUUCGCAUCACAACGAGUCCUCCUGCUCAUCGAGUCCCGAUUCACCUCGUCACAACUUGCAUGGAGCUCAGGCCAAGGAGCUGCCCCUGCCGUUGGACACAUCAAAUGUCAAUGGACAGGGCAGAGCACAAUACUUAUCAGCCACCUGCGUCGUAUUCACAAACUAUUCCGGCGACACGGCCAGCGUGGUGGAUGAGCACUUCUCGCGUGCGCUCAACUUCAACAACAAAGACAGCAAAGAAACGAGUAGCCCCAUGUCAGCAAGAAACUUCCCACCUUCGUUUUGGAAUAGCAAUUAUGUACACCCCGUACCCGCACCAACACAUCCGCAGGUUGGCGAUUUGUAUGCAUCGGACGGUGGCUACGCAACCGAUCCCUGGGUGCCACAUGCGGCCGCCGCACAUUACGGCUCUUAUGCGCACGCUGCACAUGCCCACGCCGCUCACGCGCAUGCCUACCACCACAAUAUGGCGCAAUACGGUAGCCUGCUACGGCUGCCACAGCAAUAUAGCCACGGUACCAGAAACUUUUCUCAUUGCAGACUGCAUCAUGACCAACAGACCGCGCAUGCGCUCGAAAGUGCGGCAGCCUAUUCCAGUUACCCCACAAUGGCAGGCCUUGAUGCCCAAGUACAGGAAUCGUCUAAGGAUCUUUAUUGGUUUUAAACUGACGUGUAACAUUAAACCAGAAUUCUCACGCACACACACUCAUACACUCUCACAUACGAAACCAAAAUAUAUUCGCAAGCGUUGAUUGUUAGAA